GUGCUUUCCAGAAACCAACCCAAAAAAGGGAUUCUUCUUCACUGCUGACGUCAAGUUGUUUUUUUGCCGGUCCUUUUUCGCCGGUUCACGCCAUACAUUUCAAACAUUUAACCUAACCCCCAUUAUAAAAAUAAAAAAUAAAUAAAAAUAAAAAAACAUAGAAAUAGUCAAAUUCACAUCACACACAAAACACCUCUCUCAUAUAUUCAAACUUCUUCCAAACCUUCCUCAAUUCAUACUUACCUCCCUCUAAAAAUCUCUCUUUUUUCCAGCUUAAUGCCAUUCAACCCUCCUCCACCACCGUCACCGUCAUGCAAUGCAGCUAAACCGCCUCUGCUUCAUUUUACCGGCCGACUUCGACGAAAUUGAACCGGUCAGUCAUGUUCAUGAACAAGUCCACCACACACCCACAAAGGAACACUCAUCAUCAUCUCAUCGCAAUUGCAGUGCUCAUAUUGUUGAUUUUGUCCGGAGCUCGCUCGACCGGCUCUUGGACUCCAAAUGGGUCAGUUUUUGCUACCACAGCACGCCGAUAAAACAACACUCCGGCCUGUUCCAUGACAUGGCCGGAGUGGAGUUAUCGGCGGAUGGCAAGGUUGGCGGCAACAAUCCAAGAAUAUUCAGUUAUGCGGAGCUCUAUAUAGGAUCUAAUGGGUUCAGUGAGAAUGAAGUUCUUGGGAGUGGUGGGUUUGGGAGGGUUUACAGAGCGGUUUUGCCGAGUGACAAGACGGUGGUCGCCGUGAAAUGCUUGGCGGAGAGGGGAGAGCGGUUUGAGAAGACUUUUGCCGCGGAGUUGGUGGCGGUGGCUCAUCUCCGCCACCGGAACCUUGUCCGCCUCCGGGGGUGGUGUGUUCACGAAGACGAAUUGCUUCUUGUUUAUGACUACAUGCCUAACCGCAGCCUUGACCGGGUACUUUUCCGGAGGCCGGAAAAUAUGGGGUCGGCGCCGGCGCUGAAUUGGGAGCACCGGAAAAAGAUCAUUGGCGGAUUGGCGGCUGCCUUGUUUUACCUCCACGAACAGUUAGAGACUCAGAUCAUACACCGGGAUGUGAAAACAAGCAAUGUAAUGCUUGACUCGCAUUACAAUGCCAGGCUCGGCGACUUUGGCCUGGCAAGGUGGCUCGAGCAUGAGCUCGAGUACGAAAUCAGGACACCGUCAAUGAAAAACCACCAAUUCCGGUUGGCAGAGACAACCAGAAUUGGCGGCACAAUUGGUUACUUACCACCCGAAAGCUUUCAAAAACGAGGAGUCGCAACUGCUAAAUCCGAUGUUUUCAGCUUUGGAGUAGUGGUGUUGGAGGUUGUUUCGGGAAGACGAGCGGUAGAUCUCACUUACCCGGAUGAUCAAAUCAUUUUGCUUGAUUGGAUCCGAAGGCUAUCGGACGAUGGAAAGCUAUUACAAGCAGGGGAUGCUCGUCUUCCAGACGGGUCUUGCUGGCUUUCUGAUAUGGAACGUUUGAUUCAUAUCGGAUUGCUAUGCACGCUGCAUGACCCGCAGUCCCGGCCUAACAUGAAAUGGGUUGUGGAAGCACUUUCCGGCAGCAUAUAUGGCGGUUUACCGGAUCUUCCAUCGUUUAAAUCCCACCCUCUAUACAUCACUCUGUCCUCUCCAUCGACAACACACACUGGUACGACAAACACCACCACCACAAGGUCCACUGCCAACAACAGUACCGCAACUACAGCAGCAUCCAAUUCAUCGAACUUUGUCACUGCCACCGGAGAAACCAUAUACGUAACCGCAGAAAAUGGGAAUGGUGAUGCCACCGGCUCUUCCCCCGCAGCUUCCGCCAACAAAAAGUCUUUCAUGGUUGACACUCCGCGGGAAAUUUCUUACAAGGAAAUCAUUUCUGCCACAAACAACUUUGCCGAUUCUCGGAGGGUAGCGGAAUUAGACUUUGGAACCGCCUACCACGGCUUUCUCGAAAACCAGCAACAUAUCCUGGUGAAGAGGCUUGGCAUGAAAACCUGCCCUGCAUUGCGAGCACGCUUCUCAAACGAGCUCCAAAACUUGGGCAGGCUUCGCCAUCGAAAUUUAGUACAGCUUCGCGGAUGGUGCACCGAGCAAGGUGAGAUGCUAGUAGUUUAUGACUACUCCGCGAAUCGUCUUCUCAGUCUCCUCCUUUUCCAUCAUGAUCACAAGAAUGUGAAUUCAAUCCUACGGUGGCGUCACCGUUACAACAUAAUCAAAUCACUUGCUUGUGCCAUUCGUUAUCUCCAUGAGGAAUGGGAAGAACAAGUCAUUCACAGAAACCUUACCUCCUCUGCUGUCAUUCUCGAUUUGGAUAUGAAUCCGAGGCUCAGUUCCUUCGCCCUCGCUGAAUUCUUGACGCGUAAUGAGCACGGCCAUCACAUAGUCAUCGACAAAAAUAGAUCUGUUCGUGGGAUUUUUGGUUACAUGUCACCGGAGUACAUGGAGUCCGGUGAAGCAACCACAAUGGCGGAUAUUUAUAGCUUUGGAGUGGUGGUUCUUGAGGUAGUUAGUGGACAGAUGGCAGUUGACUUCCGGAGGCCCGAGGUGCUAUUAGUAAAGAGAGUCCAUGAAUUUGAGGCACGGAAAAGGCCAUACGAGGAAUUGGCAGAUUGGCGAUUGAAUGGCGUGUACGAUCACAAGGAAUUGGUGAGGAUGAUAAAAUUGGGAAUGGCGUGCACACGAUCUGACCCGGAAUCAAGACCUAGCAUGAGACAGGUUGUACAAAUACUUGACGGUCAUGACAAAUGCUUCAUGGAAAAAGGGCAAAAGAAGGAGAGUAGAGGAGAAUGGAGAGAGAAAAAUGCGUCGUCUUUGUCAUUGAUUAGGAGAAUUCAAGCUCUAGGAAUACAAUGAAACUCACUGGAGAAUGCAACAGUGAUAUGUAAUAGACAAUGUAUGUAUACAGAGGUUUUUUUUAUGGAAUCAAAGGAUGUUUGCCUUUUCUUCUUUUCA